AUGAGCGACGGGAAGGCGCUGCAGACGACAUUGGCUCCUCCGGCCGUGACAGCACUACGACAAGAUGCCUCGAACGAUGGCGCCAACAAGGCACAAAUGCUCCGGACUGUUAGCAUGGACAUCCGGGAAGAGCGUGAUGAUCUGAAGAAGGCGGCCGAACAGUCACUCAAUGCCAUACUUGAAUUGGAUUUGGAGGGAACCAUACGAUGGGUCAGCCCUUCGUGGGAAGAUGUUUCUGGAACGCCCGCUAGCGACAUCACCGGAAAGCCAAUCGGGGACAUUCUGGUCGACAAUCAUGCAGUCUUCGCGGAAUGUGUUGAGGCUAUGCGCAAGGAUGACUCCAAAAGCCAUUUCGUACGCUUCGCGGUGAAGACUAGCAAUGGUGGACUCACAGCAGAAGACGGGCAGACGGACGACCAGACACCGAUGGAGCCGAAGGCUGGCCUUGAUAGCAUGCCGGACGUGGAGCAAGAUGCAGACAAGACUCCGAAUGUACAGGAGAACAGAGUCGACUUGGACGCUCAGGGCAUCAUGGUAUACGAUCGCACGACGGGAGAGGAGAGUCAUACGAUGUGGAUGAUCAAACCGGCCGUUUCCCGAGAGAUCACAAUCGACCUGCCGCAGGUUCUGGUAGACUCCCUCGGCGUUGGCGCCGAAAUGCUGGCGACCUACCUGACCAAAUUGGCGGACAGCGGUGCGCAGGAUCCUGGCAAUCACCCUCCCCCGCUUCCUGUGCUGUGCCGGAUCUGCGAGCGGCAGAUCACGCCUUGGUGGUUCGAGAAGCAUACCGAAUUGUGCUCGCAGGAACACCGCGCAGAGAUGGAAGUACAGAUGGCACAAGAGUCUUUGCAGGAGCAACGCUCAGCCUUGGUCAAGGUGCUGGAUGUUCUCGAAGCUCAGACACGCGCCAUCAGACCCAACGCACACGAUGCAGGCUCGCCAACGCCCGUGCCCAAAGCAGAAUACAAAGGACUUCCCAUCGGGUCCAACUCCCUGCCAUCUUCUGGACCCUCGUCUGGCCGAUCAUCUCCUGGCACGCACGCACCUCGCUCUCGUGAAUCCUCGGCUAGCGGUCUGAGCCAUCAUCGUGCUCGCUCAUUUGCUGUGCGGCGACCGCUCGCACGGAUCGUGGAGCUGGUGCUGGACCUUUGCGACACGUCAAUGGAGAUCAGUACCCCGUCGAUCAAGGAAACCAAGCACAGCGCACCGGGUGAGAUCAGAACACAAUCGCCACAGUCGGAAGGUCGUAUCCAGCAGGUCAUGCAGUGGCAGUCACCGAGCGCAGGUUCACUUGAGAACGAGCAAGGUCUUUCAUUGCUUUGCGACGACACCGCCCAACUGGCGAAAGCGAAGGUGGAAGCUGUCUUUAGACAUCGUCGCAUUCUAGAAUACUCGGAGCGUAUCCGUGUUGAGUACGAUGUGCUCGUACAGGAAUGUAUUGAAGCUGCGAUGGACAAGGCAGCUCGGAUUGCAGCAGGAGAUAUCAGCGACUCAGCCUCUAGUGAAGAUUCGGACGGCUACGAAGAGCCAAGAGAAGAGCAGCCGCAGGAGGAGACACCUGGAUCUCGAUCGGACAUGGCGUCCUCCGGCGGCAUCUUCAGCCUCAAUACAUUCCAGACGUCGGGUACUUCAAGUCCGAGCGCAAUGGCAUCGGCGCUGAGGAAUGCUUCAGACUUUAGCUUGCGGCGUCGUUCUUCGGCAGCGUCGUCAAGAGCCAGCAGUCCGCAUGGAGCCAUGACGCCAAGAUCUCAUGCAGGACAAUCGGAGUCGUAUCGACUGCACAAGCGCGGAUCCUUAGCCUUUGAGAGCGAUGCGGGCGCCGAAAGCGAUGGCAGCAUGCGUUCUUCCAUCGCCAGUGGUAGCCACCGACGUGCGGACUCGCCGGGCGCCGAAGUAAGCCUCAGUCGUGUCGCUAGCACGCGAUCGCGCGACCGAAAGCGUCAAAGCCUAGUACUUCCAAGCCUAGCAGGGAUAGGAAGGCACCAGUCUCCUGGCAGAGCGCCACCGCCGCCCUCAUCACCGUUGCGAAUGGCCAAAGCCAGGCUGCCGAGCGGGACUGACAGCGCCCAUUCGCCUAUAACUUCGCCCGUUAUAUCUCAAAGCGAGUUCAGCUCCCCUGUUAUUCGAGCACAGCAUCACCACCAUCGUCGACAAUCUUCAGCCGCAUUUUCCGAGGCCCAAGGACGACCAGGUUCUCCACGUCUGAGCGCGGUGAUCAGCAACCCCCAGCCCAAGGCUGUGCAAACUUCCAUCAAAGACUUUGAGAUCAUCAAGCCAAUCAGUAAGGGCGCAUUUGGAAGUGUAUAUCUGUCAAAGAAAAAGUCUACUGGGGACUACUAUGCCAUCAAAGUUCUCAAGAAGGCAGACAUGGUCGCCAAGAAUCAGGUUACCAAUGUCAAAGCAGAACGGGCCAUCAUGAUGUGGCAGGGCGAGAGUGACUUUGUCGCGAAGCUCUAUUGGACAUUCUCCAGUAAAGACUACCUGUACCUGGUCAUGGAGUACCUCAACGGCGGUGAUUGCGCAUCUUUGAUAAAGGUUCUUGGGGCAUUGCCAGAGGAUUGGACUGUGAAAUACAUCGCCGAGGUCGUGCUGUGCGUGCAGCAUUUGCACAGCAGACAAAUUGUUCACCGCGACAUCAAGCCCGACAAUCUCCUCAUCGAUGCGAAGGGCCAUCUCAAGCUGACGGAUUUUGGGCUCUCGCGCAUGGGUUUAAUCGGUCGGCAAAAGCGUGCGAUCAAUGCAAAGCCAGGCGAUGCCCCUCCCGAUCUUUUGAAAGCCGGUCCCUUCCGCCGUGCGCCAUCUCUGGCCUCCUCGCGCUCGACGUCGUUCGACUACCAAGGAGCUACGCAAUCGCCGGCGCAAACUCCGUCUCUUACUCCUGCCUUUGUGGGUGACUCCAACCAGCCGUCUUACUUCAGUCUCUAUCGGGACUCCUCUCGAGAGCCGUCGAGACGGACAUCCGGUCAUCGCAGCGACAGCGGCGACAGCGAAGCUCUAUCCACGAUGUUCCGAAGGUUCUCUGUCGCAGAGGGCCGAACGCCAAUCGAGGAAGAGACAGGGAGUGACGAUGGUGGCGACUCCCCUGAUCCCUAUGCCCUCCACCCUGUCGCGAGCAACUCGAGUGUGCCGAAGCCCGAGACUCCUUCGCAGCAGCCCGCAGCGAUGCCACCACCAAUGAUGGCCUUGUUCGAUCCCGAGGACAAUAGCAGGCGAUUCGUCGGCACCCCCGAUUAUCUCGCACCAGAGACAAUCAAUGGGAAUGGUCAGGAUGAAAUGAGCGACUGGUGGUCACUUGGCUGUGUCUUGUUCGAAUGCUUGUAUGGUCGGCCGCCUUUCAAUGCCGACAGCCCGGAAGAGGUUUUCCAGAAUAUUUUGUCACGCAAUAUUCACUGGCCAACGGGAGACGAGGAGGACAAUGUCUCCGAGGAGGCGAAAGAUCUUGUCAACAAGCUGAUAUGUCUAGACCCCAAAGCACGCCUAGGAUCGAAUAAGGAUGAGAAGUUUGCCAGUGGAGGCGACGAGAUUAAGGCCCAUCCGUGGUUCGCGGAGAUCAAUUGGGAGACGCUGCGAGAAGAUGAAGCAUCCUUUAUCCCCGCCAGCGAGAAUCCUGAAGACACCGAAUACUUCGAUGCUCGAGGCGCGACGAUGCAGAGCUUCGCGGCUGAGUUUGAGGAUCAGUCCACUUCCCCAGCGCAGACACCCGGUGCGGAGUACUUGGAAAGACCGUAUGAUGCUUUGUCGCGAGUACGUUCGCAGGUCAACUCGGUGAAGCGCAAUCUUAUGCCGCUGCAUAUUCCGCCUCACGUUCGAGACGGUCGAUCGCGCAGAUUGAGCGAGCCUAUGGUGGCAGAUGACUUCGGCAACUUUCAGUUCAAAAACCUGCCGGUGCUUGAGAAAGCCAAUAAGGACGUGAUCCAGAAGCUUCGAGCAGACGCACUACAAGCCCAAGCUAAAGCUGCGACAGGCAGUGCAUCUGUGCCCACCUCUGCAGUUGUCUCGCCAUCGCCUGCGCCGUCCCUGGAGUCGAGUCCGAUAGUGUCUGGCCCUCUCAACCGGACGAUGAACAUCAGCCAAGGCGCUCGAUCGCAGUCUCCUUCACUUUUCAGCCCGACCCACUCGUCGCCGAGCCGAGCAUCUCAACCUUCCUCGCCACUCCUGGUGAACUUCACCACCGGUCAGAGCCAGGAGCGUCGCAAGACUUCGAGCACAUCUUCCAGCCAAUCUCAACCCCCGGGAGGAACCCUUCAGCCUGGUAACUUCUUCGAGCAGGCACCGCGACUCCCAGUCACAUUCAAAGCGACGUCUACCGCUCCGUCGCCCAUCAAGUCGGCCAAGUCGGGCUCCAUGCAUUUGCCACACGAGAGAGCAACUUCCGCGCAUCGUCAACUCGGCGUUAGUUCUCCGAGACAAAGGUCACACACCUUGGGUGCGGACAAUCAAGAUGCGGAUCUCGUGCCCGAGCUACUGCCUCACCACAAACGGAGAAGUGGCGUUUUCGAUGUUUCGCCUUCGUCCUCGGACAACGAGGAGACCAGACACCAAGCAUUACUACGCGUACAGCGCCGCCGACAAAGCUCUCGUCGUCUUUCGCAGAUCAGUUUGGCAGAUGGACCAACUUUCCGCACCCUCGAUGUGCUGGUAUGCGAAGACCACCCCGUUUCUCGCCUCGUGAUGGAACGUCUGCUAGAGAAGCUACGCUGUCGAACCAUUGCCGUGACCAACGGAACGGAGGCCGUGCGGUAUGCAAUGAGCGAGGUCAAAUUCGACAUCAUCAUGAUGGAGUACAAGUUGCCCCAAGUGAACGGAGCUGAUGUCGCAAGGAUGAUCCGCGACACGAAGAACGCCAACUCUCACACACCCAUUGUCGCGGUGACGGGAUACCUGAAGGAACUUCACGCGCCGCACCACUUCGACGCGUUGGUCGAGAAGCCACCAACGAAGGAGAAGUUGGAAGAAGUCAUGGGCCGCUUGUGCCAGUGGAAGACACCUCCAGACGGCUGGAAACCAAGCCAUCCGCAGGACAUCCAGCAGCCGAAGCACCGACAGGAAUCCAUGCUCAGCGACAAUAGUCCUACAACCACUACCUCAUCCUCUGGCUUCGGGAGCUCCAACCAUGUAUUCUCCAGAGACGCCACCCGAACAGGCUCUCUCGGCUCAAGCUCCUUUGGUGAGGCGGACAGCCAGUACAGCUCAUCCAUCCCACUCAUCGUCUCUCGGCAAGCAACGAACGAGUGGGAUCAGAGCGACCUCGAGCGCAACUUUGGCGGUCUUGGGAUCUCGAACACGGUCAGUAAUGAAGACGACUUCAAGAGACGUCCGCAGAAACUCGCUUUGGAGACGCAGAUUUCUGCUCCCGGGGCUCUUGAAACGCCAGAAAGCUCCUCACCACGCAAGCAACCUUCGAUGGAGGAGAUUUACGCCAAGCGCAUAUCGUUGGAGAAAGUCAGACUCGAGUCCGCAGCUGAAAGCGGCGACGAUGAGGACGAGGAGCUAGGAAACAUUCAACCUCGAGCACGCUCUCCUAGGUGGAGUACUAAGCGCAGCUCAAAGCUCGGCACGGAGAUGAUGCGCACUAACAGCCAGGGAAGCGUCAUCUCGAGCGAUGAGAUUCCUCCGGCCAAGAGCAUCAUGAGUCCCGGCGCGGGCUUGGGGCACUCCAUUAUGGAAGACCCUGCGGCUGAGGUAGCUGCUGCUGGCCACUUGACGCCGCCGGAGGUCUUCCCUCGUCAUCCUGGUCACCACAUCGAGACGAUUGAGAUGGACCUCUCGACUUUUGAACCGGCUGAGGAGGAUGCCACGCCCAAGGCCCAUUCGACCUCCGAGUUCGACUCGGACCCCACGCCACGGCCUGCUCAUUCGCCUGUGCCGAAUGACUGA